AUGCGCGCUCGUGGGCCCCGCUGGCCGUUCCCUCGGGGCGCAUGGUUCGAUGGGAGGUCGAACGGCGAGCUGUUGGGGUCCGUGGGGCUGGCUGCUGGGGAUCAACUGGAGGUGAAGGUCCGCGACUACGAGGGCCGCGCCCAGGGCCGCGAGCUGCCGCGCGUGGAGAUCGCCUACGCGCUGGACGAGACCACUGCAGAUGCGGGUUCGGCGGGCGGCCGCUACCUGCGGGCGCAGCACGUGGGGGCCACCGACGGGCACUUCAGCUGGCAUGCCCAGGCCGAGGGCAAGCCGGGCGGGAGGCUCCAGGGCACGCUGUGCCACCUCUGCGGCCGCCCACAGGAGGAGUGCACGGCGGGCUGCCCGAUCGGCGCCGGAGGCGUCGAGCAUAUCGACAUCUGGCGGGUGGUCGACCCCCGCGACCUGGAGACGCUGGAAGCGGAAUACCACCUCGCCCCGCGGGCCGCUGGAGGGCUGCGCGGCGAGCCCGCGGCCAAGCGGGCCCGCAAGGAGGAGCCGAGCGCUGCUCUCGCCCGCUCAGACGCAGAGGUCGCAGGGUUGGAGCGGGCGCUCGAGGACCCAGCCCUGGACGGGCGCCUGGCCCAGCUCGGCCAGCGGCUGCGGGGCAGCACUGGCGGCGGCUCGGGGGCCCGAGCGGUCGCCAAGAAUGCUGCCAUGCCUGGCGCUGCUCGGGCACUGGCGCAGCGCGUGCAGGAACACACGGCCGCGGGGAGUGGCGCUCGAGUCUCUGCUGCGCUUGCUGGACGCGAGAGGCUGGCCGCGAUGCUCACGGCAACGCUGCUGGGCGGCGAGGAUGGCAGCGAGCUCAACGACGAGGGCUCGGGCGCGCUGGAUCGCGACACUAAUCAGGGGGCCAACGUCAGGCGCGACUUGUUCCAGCGGAUCGCGAAGCAGCGGCCGGGGGUCCUCCUGGAGAACGGGCCGGCGCACCUCAGGAGCCAGUUCACUCAACUGCUCGCCGACCCCAGCCAGGCAGACCCCCUCGGCCCGUGCGUGACGCAGCACCUCAACAUGGUGUUCUUCGUGGCACACCCACCGCGGACGCUCGACGUGGACGAGGCGCGGGCACUGCGGACGCUGGGCGAGGCGAUCGACGGCUUGCUCCGCGGCCAGGUCGUCGAGGUCAGCGAUUUGCUCACGCAGGAGUUCAAGGCCAGGACGAUGGCGUUGCGGGAUGGCCAUUGGCGCAGUGCUCGGCGGCUCACACUGACCCCCAGCGAGAGCCUGCCCGCCGGCGCGUCCCGCGACGAGGAGGCUGCAGCCGAGCGGGCGGAGGCGCGCGAGAUGAAGGUCGCCGAGCUUAAACGCCGCCUCGCCGACAAGAAAGCACUCCUGUCGGGCCAGGGGUUUGGCCAGGAGCCCUCUCCAGCCUGGGGGGGAGCGGCUCCUGCUGGCCACAGUCUCGCGGAGGCGAGACCCCAGUCCCCGGCAGCGACGCCCGUGGCGGGUUCUGCUGCAGCGCUGCGGAUCCUGGCGAGCCGCGCCCCAGCGGGACUCACCUGGAAGGAGUCGAAGGUUGCGAACCCCCGCCGCCCCGACGAGAGUCGCCGCGACUGGAAGUCGCGCCUGGAGGAGAAGCGGCAGCAGGUCGAGGACGAGGAGCUGCUCCAGGCCGCGGGCGCGGACUUCCAGGUUCCUGACUGGCAUGAGGUCGUUGCUGCACGUGAUAUCACGCACGGAGGCGAGGAGGUAUCGCGGGCCCUGCCGCUCACGCUGGGAGGCGCCAUGCCAGGCCUCCCGCCGAGGGGCGUUGCUGCUUCAGUGCGUGCGCUGGACAUCGCCGACGAGCGCGUGGCUGGGUGGCUGGCUGAUCCCACUUUGGCACUGCUGCCCAAGGCCGAGUGGCCGGAGGAGGUCCCGCGGGCAGCCAUCCAGGCUAGCUCGAAGGCAGAGUGGCAUCGCAUCGGCGCCAAGCUGGUGGAGUUAGGCCUCGCGGUGCCCAUCGCCGAUGACCCGAUCUUCAAGGUGGGCAACAGGAAGGUGCUGGCAGGUUCUUUCGGGGUCGCCAAGGGAGGAACUCCCACUCCUGGUCAUGAUGUGGCGCAGCGGCUCAUCAUCAACAUGGUCCCCGCAAACAGCUACCAGCGGACGAUGCGGGAUGACAUCGGUACCAUCAGCGCCUCGAAGGACCGCCCGUUGCCCCUGAGAGCGACAGAGCUGGAGCAAGCCUGGGUGCAGUAUUACAUGGACGACUGGGACCACGGGGAGAUCGUCCAGAGUAGCCGCCUGAAUGAGCUGGGCGGCACGCUUAGCGAGGUCCAGGCUGAGCAGCGAGCCGCCUACAAGAGGGGCGGCAUCCGAGUUGCUGAAGGCAAGGCCAAGCACCGCGAGCUCGUCCUGGAGCGCAUGCGUGCUGGACUAGACGGCAUGGUCGGGCGAGUCGGAGUCACAGUUGAGAAGCAGCUCCUGCUCUUAGCGCUCGUGAUGUGGGUGAUGGGCCAGCCGCAGGUCACGGUCAAGGCAAUGCUUGUGGUGCUGGGCCGCUGUGUGCGCGUGGCGGAGUUCCGCCGGCCGUUCAUGGGGUUCCUGAACGAGUGCUGGGCGGCUGGGCAGUGGCGGUACCCGCAAGCUGUGCCCUCUGUCAUGUGCGGCGAGCUCCUGGUCUUCUGCAUGGCCCUCCCCUUAGCUUUCACCGACUUGCGGGCCAAGAUCGACACGGGGGUGAUAGCCACGGAUGCGAGCGAACAGGCGGGCGGCAUCUGCUAUUCUGCUGGGCUCACCGCUCGGGGAGUGCAGGCCGCCACUGGCGAAGGAGGACUGUGCGAGGAGGCCGUGCACACCACCUUCGCUGCGCCUCAGAUGGUACGAUGGCGGCCCCGCGUCAUCUUAGUGGAGUUGUUCGCCGGGGCUGCUGCCGCUGCCGUGGCCGCGCAUCGCCUGCCCAUGAGCGUGGCCGCCCACCUCUGCUCGGAGGUAGAGCCGGCAGCGCGACGGCUGGUGCGGCGGCGGUGGCCAGGUGUCAUCGAGCUGGGCAACAUCGAGGCCUUGGACCUUGAGCGCUUCACCCGCAUGCUGGAGGGCUUCAGGCGCGACGCCGACUGGGUCUUCAUUAUUGCAGGGAGUCCGUGCCAGGUCGCUGCCCUCAUCGAAGCCUCCAAACGCGUGUUCGGCACGCACGUCGAUUGGUUCGUCGAGAACGUGUUCAGCAUGGGCGCCGAGGCGAGGGGCCAGUUCUCGCAGGCGCUGGGCGUCACGCCUGUGCUGUUUGAGGCGAAGGACUUCACCAGGGUGAAGAGCGAGGGCAUCAGUCAGUAUACCAAGGUUGAGGUCAGCGUGGAGCGCGCCGCUGCUGACCUUUGGCCACUGCCAGGUUGGAGGCUGGACGACCCUGAGGUGGACCUUCCUUGCUUCACCAGGCCAGUACCACGGCGACACCCGCCGCUGAGGCCUGUCGGCCUGGAGCGUGCCAGCCCCACUGCGCUGGCGCGCUGGGCCACAGAUCAGCACCGCUAUCAAGUCAACAAGUAUGAGGAUGCCCUGUGUUUGCAAGUCGGCGAGCGGGAGCCCAACUGGAACAUCGACGCCGAUUUCAAGACUCCUGGCUACAGGCACGCUACCGCUGAGCGGGGGCUCAUCGUCGACUUCUUACGCAUAGCCGAUCGGGGAGGCACGGACGUCAGGCUUGACUGUGGUGCCCUAUACCGAGCUCGGGCGUGGCCAAGGUCGGCUCUGCGGACGUCGCUGUGGGCUUGGCGCAUUGCCAAGAGUUUCAGGUGGCAGCGACCAGCUCACAUCUCUGAGUUGGAGCUGGAGGCCGCAGUGGCUGGAGCCAGGUGGCGCUGCAGAGACGUGGCGAAGCACGGCUGCCGCUACCUGCAUCUUCUCGAUGCCCACGCGGUGGCAGCAGUCUGCACGAAGUGCAGGUCCAGCGCCUGGCGGCUCCAACCAGGGAUCAGGCGCUUCAAUGCGCUCACGCUCGCGACCAACUGCUACUCGAUGUACGGCUACUGCGACACGGACGACAUGCCCGCGGACGUGAGGAGAGUGGCAGCGAAGGCUCUGGCGCGAAGGACAGCCGCCCGCAGCAGGCCCCUGCGAGAGCUGGCGGGCACUCCUCUCGCGCGGAAGCGCUACCAGGAGGCGGUUGACAGCGUCUUUGACUGGUGGGUCGAGCAGAAGCGCGAGGUCCAAUCUGCAGCGCAAGCGGACAUGGGCCUGGUUGACUACAUUGAAGGGCGCUGGGCCGCAGGAGGGUCCCUGCUCGACGUCAACUGUGCCAUCGCAGGUAUGUGCCACCACUUCCCCCCGCUCCGCGGUCGACUCCGAGAGAGUUGGCGCCUGGCUCGCACGUGGCAGCGUGCUGAGCCGGCAGGGCGUGCGCUCCCAAUCGCACCGCUCAUCGCACUGGCGUUCUCCGGCGGCUUCCUCACGGCUGGAGUCCCAGCCGCCGCCGCCAUCUUGCUGGCAGCCUAUGACACGUACCUCAGGACGGGGGAGAUCAUGGCGCUGCGUUGGCACGACAUCACUAUGUAUGAGAAUUCAGGUUCAGCCAUGAUCAGGCUGCGCGACACCAAGAGCCAGCACCAGACAGGAGCGGGAGAGUUCGUCAUGGUGCGCUCGCAGACAGCAGUGGCGCUGCUACUGAAGGCACGCGAGCUGGCAGGGACUGCCAGCCGGUGCGAGGAGCCAGCCAUUGGCAUGCCGCCCGCUGCUUUCCAGCGAGUGUUCGCGGAGAUCCGCUUGUGCCUCCAGCUGGAGGACCAGAGGCUCACCCUCUACAGCUGGAGGCGAGGAGGUGCCAGCGCCGACUUCCGCUCGCACGGGUCGAUGGAGACCACGCUGCUCCGAGGGCGCUGGGCCAGUGUGCGGACGGCGCGCCUGUACGUCCAGGACGCCGUCGCUGAGGCGACGACGCUCGCGCUGCUGCCAGACCAGCGCGCCGCCUGCCUACAUCUGGCAAGCCGAGUGAGGUAA